AUGGAUCAAGGGACCUCGCCGCAACAGAGCGGCUCUUUCUCGGAGGACGAGUGGACAGAAUCUCGGGCGCAAAGACAUGAGUCCCCACAGCUAGAGGCAAGGCCGCAACAUCUAGAUCAGCCCGGAUCCUUCAGUCCACACGAAGCGGGACCCUCAACCUCGUCCUUUGAACAUCAUCAGCCACCCACCUUCCCGCAUCCUAUCCCAACGGCAAGCCCGCCGACCCGACACGUCAACCGGGGAGGCGGCAAGCCUGGGCCGAUCAAGACCGACCGCGCCAACGCAUGGUCGCAAGAUCGCCUACCUCAAGCGGCGCCCUCCGCCAUCUCGGCCCAGGACCCCUUCGCCACGCCGACAGCGCCGCGAUCCGCCGCCCAAGGAGGGUCCGACAUCCACUCGACACUGCCUGACCGAGAAUCGCUGCCUCCCAGAUAUACCCCUUCGAUCGCCGCCGUCAGCCAGGAUGUCGGCGACAGCGCCAGCUCGACUUGUCCGGCCGCAGCUGUGCCGAGGGAGGCCGGCCGGACCAUCAAGCCCACCCUCUGGCUCGUCUACUCGCAGAUGACACUACGAGACGCCAUGCUGUUUGCCCUUCCCGGCGUACUGCUCUCCGUUGCGGGCGGAGUCGUGCCCACCAUGAUGGCCAAGGUCAUCGGCAAGGCCUUCGACGCCUUCACCGCAUACAACCCGCAGGGCCUGCCCCACCACGCCAUCGCCCAGGCCGACAAGGACCACCUCAUGCACAAGGUCCUCGAGACUGUCUACAUCCUGAUCGGGCUGGCGGCAGCCACACUCGUCUCGAGCACCCUGAUGAUCUCGAUCUGGGUCUGCGUGGGCGAGCGCGUCGCCCAGAGGCUGGGGAGCCGCGUCUACGCUGCAGUCGCGGCGAACAAGAUGGCCUGGUUCGACACGGGCAUGGGCACGGACGACGAGGGUCAGGCCGCAAAUGGCGCUGAAGGCUCCAGCGAUGGCAAGGCAGACGAGGGCGGCAUUGGGCCUGGCGGUCUGAUGGCCAAGUUCGUCCGCGAGAUUGACGACGUUCGCAUGGCCACUUCGCGAGUCUCGGGCGAGCUUGUACAGAGCCUCGCCACGUGCAUCUCUGGCCUCGCGCUCGCCUUUGCCUCGAGCUGGGACUUGUCGCUCGUCAUCCUGGCCGCCAUUCCGGUCAGCGUCGUCGUUACCAUCAUCGGCGAGGUCGUUGCGGCGCCUCUGCUUCAACGGGAACGCAGGACUACCGCGCUGGCCUCUGGGCUCAUCGAGCGCACCGUGAUCGCCAUCAACACCGUCAAGGCCUUCAACGCCCAGCAAAAGGAGCAGCACCGCUUCGUUGCGCUGCUCGAGGAAGGCAGCCGCGCCUACCGCAAGCUCAUUGUCGUCUGGGCGGCCCGCUUCGGCGUCAGCGCGACGCUGUCGCUCGCCAUGUUCGUCCAGGGCUUCUGGUACGGCUCGCACCUCGUCCAGAAGGGCAAGAUCAGCGCCGGCACAGUCAUGUCCGUCUUCUUCUCGUGCCUGCUCGUCGCAGGAGAGCUCGUCAACGUCGUCGAGAGCCUCAACUGGAUCGAGAAGGGCAAGAUCGGCGCGGCCAACAUGGAGAAGCUCAUCGACACGCCACCCACAGAACCUCGUCCCGCCUCAAACGCUUUCUCGAUCGCCUCUCCGGCAGCGACUUCGUCAGCUACCUCGCCGUCGGAAUGCAAGGAGAAGCGCAUCUCUGGCGCGAGCCACAUUAAUUCAAUCCCGAUGACGCCCUUUUCCCAGGAACAGGAAAAGGAGGAGGUGCUCGCCGUCGAACCGGUGCCUUUCUCCUCCUCUUCCAUCUCCACCAAGCGGCGAGGGGCUCGCGCCGUCCCGCUCUCGCUCGAGGCCAUCCCCCAUCCGGCCCCACUGUCGGCACGCAGCUGGAGCGAGCUCUCGACCCCACUACCGCCCAAACUCCGGUACGGCAGGAGCCUGAGGGUGCAGCCGAUGCGAAGGGCGCGGCCAGCGAGCUGCCAGGGUGAGAUCAUCCUGCGCAACGUCAGCUUCAGCUACCCUUCGCGCCCCGACGCGCCGGUCCUCAAGAAUGUCGAUAUGCUCUUCCCGUCGGCCGAGAUCACCUACGUGGUCGGAGGCAGCGGAAGCGGCAAGAGCACCGUGGCGCAGCUGCUGCUCCGCAUCUACGAGCCUUCGGCCGGGUCGAUUGAGUUCGACGACCAGAUGCUCGCCUUCCUCGACCCCGAGUGGUGCAAGGAGCACAUCGCGGCCGUCAGCCAGACCCCGAUCGUCUUUGACCUGAGCGUGCACGACAACGUCGCGCUUGGUCUGGUCGGCUCGCCCAGCGAACGCCAACGCGGAAUCGGCAAGGCGGGGCACGAGGCGACGAGGAACAACGUGCCCCGCCUCUCGCGCGACGAGGUGCAGGCGGCGUGCAGGAUGGCGCUGCUGCACGACUUUGUGCGCGAUCUGCCGGACGGCUACGACACCCAGCUCGGACAGAAUGGCGCCAGCCUGAGCGGCGGACAGAAGCAGCGGCUGGCCAUCGCACGGGCCCGGAUCCGCGACCCGACCGUGCUCAUCCUGGACGAGGCCACCUCGGCGCUCGAUCCGACCUCGAGGCUGCUGGUCCACGAGGCCAUCAAGCGCUGGAGGCGGGGCAAGACGACGAUCGUCAUCACCCACGACCUGUCGCAGGUCUCGGACGACGACUUUGUCUACUUUUUGGAAGAGGGACGCGUGGUCGAGCACGGCUACCGCAACCAGCUAGAGCGCAGCAGCGAGGGCCGGUUCCGCGCCUUGCUCGACAUGCAGCAGAGCGCUGCACAGCAACAAGGGCAGAGGGACGACACGGCUGCCCCGCUGGAUGGGACGCCAUCGCCCUGGAGCCCGACGGGUCUCGAUGGACAGGCGCAGCGGGCGCUCGAGGCGUGUCAGCCGCAUCAUGACGUGAAUGAUGGCGCACGGGGUCACCGCAGGCGGACCCAGCGGCUCAGCACGUUGCCGCUGCUGGGAUUCGGGAGCAACGCGCAAGACGUGCAGCAGGAUACGACCUCGGCGGCGCUCCUCGGCGCGGCCUUCCUCAAGGGGCGUUCCGAGAGGCAGCAUGCGGAGCAGCGCCCGCUACGCCUGGCCGAGGCAAGGGCGGCCCAGGGCUACCUCGACGACGCGGCGCGGCUGGAGGCCUCGGGCCUGACGGCAAGCCAACGGCGCUUGUCGCCCGCAAACGGACGGCGUGACCGACGACGGUGGAAUCCGCAAGAGCUUCAGAAAGCUACGGAUCCCGACCACGCCCUCGAGCAGGUCAAGGUGCUCUCGCGGGCCGAGGAGGACGACAAGGUCCUCGAUGCGCGCGGCGAUCCGACAAUCCGCCAGGCGGCCGAAAUCGUCUGGAGAACCGUGCCAAGCCGCAUCAUCCUGAUCGUCGGGCUCGUCGCCUGCGCCGCCACGGGCACCCUGACGCCGUGCUUCUCGUACGUGCUGGCCCAGCUGCUCAAUACCAUGGGGCAGACCGACGCGGGGCCCGCCGUGCUGCGCUACUCGCUCCUCGUUCUCCUGUUUGCGGUGCUGGAGGGUGUCUUCGGCUUCGCACGGACGCUGCUGACGCAGCUCCUCGCCGACUGGUGGGUGCGCGACAUGCGCACCAAGGCGUUUGGCAAGAUCCUCGGCCAGGACCGCACCUUUUUCGAUCGGCCCGAGAGCUCGACGGGCAACUUGUGCACGAGCAUCGUCAAGGACGCCGACGACGCGCGCAACCUGGUGGCCGCCGUCGCCGGGCAGGUGGCGCUGGUGCUGGCCAUGGUGUCGCUCGGUCUCGUGUGGGCCGUCGUCGUCGGCUGGGAGCUGACGCUGGCGGGCAUGGCGAUCGCGCCCGUGUUUUUCGUGUGCAUCUGGGCCCAGAACCGCGCCGUGGUGCGCUACGAGGGCCGCAACAAGGUCAAGCGCGAAGAGGUCGGCAAGCGCUUUUACGACAUGGUCUCCAACGUCCGCGGCAUCCGCGCCAUGUCGCUCGAGCCCGUCUUCGAGAAGAACUUUACCGAGGCCGUCGUCGAGGCGCAGCGGUGCGGGAUGCGCGCGGCCGCCUUUACCGGGCUGGGCUUUGGUCUGGGCCAGGCGCUCACCUACGUCGCCGAGGCCGUCAUGUUCCUCGUCGGCGUCGUCCUCAUCGUGCAAGGGCGGUACGACUUCAGCAGGAUGAUGCAGGUCUUCAACCUCAUCAUCUUUGCCGUCACCUUUGCCGCCCACGCCAUGGACACGCUGCCCAACCUGUCCAAGUCGAUGCGCGCCGCCGCCGACCUCGACCGCCUGCUGCGCCUGCCGGACGUCACCUCGGAGACGGCGGGCACCGCGCGCGCGCCGAUCCGGGGCACGCUGCGCUUCGACGACGUCGGCUUCCGCUACGCCUCCCGGCCCGACGUGCAGGUGCUCGACGGGACCAGCUUCGUCCUCAACCCGGGAGAGUGCGUGGCCGUCGUCGGAGGCUCGGGCAGCGGCAAGUCGACGAUUGCGGCGCUCGUGCAGCGGCUGUACGAGCCGACGACCGGCCGCGUGCUCCUCGACGACCGGCCGCUCGACGACAUCGACGUGGCCUGGCUGCGCGAGCACAUCUCCAUCGUCUCGCAGCACCCCAACCUGUUCGACAUGUCGAUUGGCGAAAACAUCCUCUACGGCGCCAACGCACCCGUCUACGACGAGGUCCCCGCCCACCUCGCCUCGUCGCUCUCGGCGGCAGCGGCGGCGGUGGCGGGCGAGACGACAAAGGCGCCGGGGAUGGACGAGACGACCCUGUCGCGCGUCCAGGCCGCUGCCGAGAGCGCCAACGUGGAUGGCUUCAUCGCCUCGCUGCCGCGCGGGUACGCCACGAGCGUGGGCGAGAGCGGCGGGCUGAUUUCGGGCGGCCAGGCGCAGCGGCUGGCCAUCGCGCGCGCGCUGAUGCGGACGCGCGCGCGCCUCCUCAUCCUCGACGAGUGCACGUCUGCCCUCGACGUCGAGAACCAGCAGGCCAUCGUCUCGACCCUCAUGGACGCCGACGGCGCCGUCCGCCGGCGCGGCAUGCUCACCCUCGUCAUCACUCACAACCUCGACAUGAUGAAGCGCUGCGACUCGAUCCUCGUCGUCGACGACGGCCGCAUCGUCCAGCACGGCACCUGGUCCCAGCUGGUCAGGGACCACCGCGGCGUCUUUGCCACCCUCGCAAGGGGAGGAGAGUGGUCCGGCUAG